GAUAACGAUAAGAGGAUACUUGUCCUGCUGUUAGAAUAAAACCAGUAAUUGAUAUCCCAUAAAAAUUGUGUUCUGUUUAAUGUUUAGAGAUACAUUUAUAGGGUAGUUAUUUCUAAUAAAAGUAUGGCAAAUUUGGUAAAGACAACCAAUCUUACUAGAAAAAUACUGAAUUUUCUAAAAAAAAAAAACCAUUGAUGAGGUGCACACAUGUCAAAAAAGGGGAUCACUAACAGGCAAUAAAAGAAUACUGAAUUUUCUAUAAAAAAAAACAUUGAUGAGGUGCACACAUGUCAAAAAAGGGGAUCACUAACAGGCAAUAAAAGUAUGGCAAAUUUGGUAAAGACAACCAAUCUUACUAGAAAAAUACUGAAUUUUCUAAAAAAAAAAACAUAAAUGAGGUGCACACAUGUCAAAAAAGGGGUUCACUAAUGGGCAGCCUAGCCGUCUCUUGGCAUCUACUUGAAUGGAUUUUAUUGAUCAUAUGGCUGGAGGCUGUGAGAACAGUGCUGACUUGGUGAUUAAACGGCAGAAAAAGAAGUUUACAGAAUUAAGCUUCAAUAUUUAUUAUUAAUGGACAGCCAGUAACACAAAUUGUACAUGUUGAAAAUGGACACUCUGCUAAAUCAAGUCAAGUGACAAACAAGGAGAGAGAUUUAAAGCAGACAUUUGAUACAUAAAUUAAUUUGAAAUAUAUCAUCAAAACACACAGUUUGUAUAUGGGAAGAUGUGAUACCUUUAUUUCUCUCUAACUAGUAUACAUACCGAAGUCAGAUAAUUUCAAAUACAGUAGUGCAAAAUGAAGCUGGUGUGUUUAUCAAGCAAUCCCAGCAAGCCAUGUUUUGUUUUAUAUUUUAAAGGAGUUACGUUAAUGUUAGAUUGUGGAUUAGAUAUAACUCAACUUCAACAUUUUCUACCAAUUCCAGUUGUUCCUGGGACCCAGAUAUCAAAAGCCAGAAGUUGGACUCCUGGAUUUGAAAAAAAGAAUAAAAUUGGUGAUGCUUAUCAAGAGGUAAAGGAAUGUUCGGGAAGAUUAUUUAUAGAUGGAUGUUUUGAGAUGGCCAUACCAGAAUUGGAGAUUAUAGAUUUAAGUCAGAUAGAUGCAAUAUUGAUUUCUAACAGUACCUGUAUAUUAGCUUUACCAUAUAUAACAGAGUAUACAGGGUUUAAAGGUCAUGUAUAUACUACAGAACCAGCUCUUCAAGUUGGCAGAAUGUAUAUGGAAGAACUGGUGAAAUAUGUUGAAAGAAAUCCUAGAACAAAUAUUGCUACAAAAUGGAAACAAGAAGAAGUUUUAAUGCACUUGCCGGCUCCAUUAAAAGAUGCUGUAAAUACCUUAAAGUGGAAACAGUGUUAUACAAAACAUGAUAUUGAUUCCUGCCUAUCUAAAGUUACUCUUAUUGGAUUUAAUCAAAAAAUGGAUAUUUAUGGUUCUGUUGAAGCUACACCAGUUAGUUCAGGUUAUAGUCUUGGUAGUAGUAACUGGGUUAUCAAGUCUACGCAUGAAAAGGUGUGUUAUGUAUCUGGAACUUCUACUCUAACAACUCAUCCUAAACCCAUGGAUCAAGCACCAUUAAGAAAUAGUGAUGUAUUAAUAUUAAGUUGUUUAACACAGACACCUUUAGCUAAUCCUGAUACUAUGAUUGGAGAAUUCUGUGUUAAUACAGCUGUAACGUUAAAGAAUGGUGGUAAUGUUUUAGUUCCAUGUUAUCCGUCUGGUGUAACAUAUGAUUUAUUUGAAUGUUUAUCAGCACAUUUAGAACAAUGUGGUCUAGCUGGUAUACCUAUGUAUUUUCUCUCACCAGUAUCAGAUAGUGCUCUAGCUUAUUCUAAUAUAUUUGCUGAAUGGUUGUCACAGAGUAAACAAUCAAAAGUGUAUCUACCAGAAUGUCCAUUCCCUCAUGCCGAGCUUCAAAGUCAAGGAAGAUUAAAAAACUUUAAAAGUCUUCACGAUAUGAAUUUAGAAGUUAAAACACCUUGUGUUGUGUUUGCUGGUCAUCCAUCCUUAAGAAUGGGAGAUGUCGUCCAUUUUGUAGAACUGUGGGGAAAACAUUCUGCUAAUACUAUAAUAUUUACUGAGCCAGAUUUUCCAUACUUAGAAGCACUUGGACCUUUUCAGCCUGUUGCCAUGAGAGUAUGCUAUUGUCCUAUAGAUACAAGUUUAAACUUUAGUCAAGCCAAUAAGUUAAUUAAAGAUCUUCGCCCAUUACAUCUGGUUGUAGCAGAGAGUUAUACAGUUCCACCUAUAAUGGCUAGCAGAAGAACAGAUCUUGUCAUUGAUUGGGAACCAUCACCAUUUACAUAUAAACAUGGUCAAGUUUUAUCUUUACCAGUUAAACGGAAAUUUGAAAGUGUUGAGAUUGAUUCUGAGUUAGCAGCUAAAAUGGAACCUGUAGAAGUAAAAGCAGGAUCUGCUAUAACUAUGAUAACAGGUUCACUUAAUGUAAGAGAUAACGUUUAUAUACUCAAGCCAUUACCAAAAGAAGUAGCAUCAGGUCAAAAAAGGUCACAUGAUGGAUUUGAAGUUCACAAGAAGUCCUAUAUAUUUGGUUCUCCUAAUAUUCAGACAUUUGUUGAUGUUAUGACCCAGCAAGGUAUAUCAUCAAUUAAAGUUGAAGAUACUGGUAGUGGUUCUAUUAUACAUCUUCCAAAUGACGAAACAUUAAUACAAGUAGAUGGUGAUUCAACACAUAUUAUAUGUGAAGGUGAUGAAUCUAUUAGAGUUAAGAUACGUGAUUCAUUAAUUAAAUGUUUAAAAAGGUUAUGAUUUAUAAAAAUAUAAAUGUAUAUAGUGUAUAUUAAAUCAGAUAUGUUAA